AUGAUAGGGCAACUGAGUUUGGUGGCAGUACUUUGGAGCUGUGUCAAGGCAACAGAUACGGGAAAUUCACUAUAUUCGAUUCUUCCGUCAAACUCCCCUCUCUUUGACCAGGGGCUUGUGGGCUCUGUGCCCCAGGUGCAGACGAUCAAUAUGCCAUCUAGCAAGCCUGGGCAGCUGCUGUCGUUCACGCCUGACGGAGGAAUCGGAAAUGGGGCCCAGAUGGCCAUGUCUCCCAUAACCCUUCAACCCCCAGGGAGUACCCAGUAUGCAAACACAUGCGAUCUGUCUGAGAAGAAGGAGCAGUUCAAGAAGUGUCUGUCUGACCAGCUCGGUAAGUUCAAGAACAUACUGGAGAACUGUAGAAAGGCCCUGGGAGAAAACGCCAAGGAGUGCUGCAUUGAUGAGAAGUGCCUUGAUCUUCUUAACGGAGGAAAUUCGUCUUGCAACGGAGAGGAUGGCGAAAAGGCCUGUAAAGAUAAGAAGUGCCGGGACAGGAUUGCAGACGAGAUCAUGAACAACCUCAACAUGGACCAGCUGAAAAAGUCCCUGCUAGACUCCCUCAAGGGAAGCCUGAAGAAAAUAGGGAACAAGCUUGGAAGCCUAACAUCAUGCAGCAGAGGAGGGGAGAACUGCGACGAGGAGGAGCCCAACAGCGCGCCUCCUAACCUGUCUUCUCUUGGACUUGGAAAGGAUGUCCCAUCUGGUGUACUGAUAUAUCCCAUGGAGCAGAGCAAGUACGAAGCCAUAACCAACAUUCUGGACCGCCGGGAGAAAUUUCCCCGCCAGGGAAGUGCAGAGCAGCCAGAGGUACAAGGCAAUCCAAGGGGCCCCCAUGAAAAGGACCCUGCAGAGGACUGGAAUAGACAGCAUUUGCCGAAGCGCAGAGGUCGCCGCAGCCGGAAGGCAAGGCUUAGGAAUAGAGAAAGUGAGGAUUGGAGCGAGAGAGAGGAAUCCUCAGGUAGUUGGAGGGCAGACCAUGAUGGCCCAAGUCCCAGGCCUCGCUCCUCCAGGAGCCCUGGCAUGCCAUGUACAAGGGAAAUGUGUGCAGAUAUGGAUAGAUACGACUCUCCAGCCAUAGGAGAAGAGUGCGCCAAGUAUUGCAAGGACUACAGAAGGAAGGACAUCAAGAAGAGUGACGACGAGGGGAAGGAAGAGAUCAGCGAGCUGACAAGUGAUUCAUGCUACGACGAGAAGAAAUGA